AUGUCUGAUCAUGAUUGCACUGGCGAGAUAUCCUGUUGUUCUAUUGCAUCAACAUCAACAAGUCAAUAUUCCUUUUGGCUCUAUAGAGAUGAAAAAAUCGAAUCACUUAAUUUAUUUAUACGUCCAAUGAUAUCUCGUGAUAUCUAUGAUAUUCGAGCUUUCUUUACUGAUUGUACACUAUUUCAUAGUGCAGCCAUUGAUUUUUCAAUGUAUUACUAUGCAUUUCGACCUAAACAUUCAUAUGUAAUUAUAUCUAAACAUGGUCUUUUAGCUCAUGCAUCUAUAAAUCAAUGGAAUUUUAAUAAUAAUUCUACUCCAUCAAUAUUAAUGCUUGGUCUAGUUUAUGUUCGUCCGGAUUAUAGGAAAUUUGGUAUUGGUGAAUUAAUAACAAAUUAUGUUUUAAAUCUUAAAUCCGAUGAAACAAAAAUUAUUCAUGCAAAUAUUUUAACAAAACAUUUACCAUUUUAUAUUCGUUAUGGUUUUCAAGCAUCAUUUUCUUUAGUUAAUCUUACUGGUAAACUUAGUGAAUUUUUUCAUAUAUCAAAUCUUGAUGAAAAUGAUAUUCAUUUACAAUUAUUUGAAUCAUCUGAUAUACUUGAUGUUGCUACAUAUGAUCAUCAAAUUUAUCCAACAUAUCGAAUAAAUUAUUUUGAACAAUUACGUGAACAUACAUAUUCUAUAGCGGGUUAUGUUGCACGUUCGAUAAAAACAAAUUCUAUAUUAGGUUAUAUUAUUUUAAAUUUUAGUCAAGCAUUUAUUAAAUGUGGACCAUUGUAUGCUGAUAAUUUAAAUAUAGCUUUUUUAUUACUAAGACAAUGUGCUAUUGAUUAUGAUGGUAUGAUGUUAGUAUCAAUACCUGAAGAUAAUCGAAUUGCAAUUAAAAUGUUUGAAUCAAAAUAUUUUAAACAAACUGAUAUUCUUCAUCGUGUUCAUACGGGAAAUGUAAAUUUAUUUCAUGGAAAAAGUUUUGAACGUAUUUGGGGUAUAACAGAUGAUUGGCUUUCGUUAAUUUAA